AUGAGUACGAAAGCUGUCCAUCUGGAGGCAGUUUCGGAUCUUCCUUCUGAAGCCUUUCUGGCAUCUUUUCGUAGGCGUGGAAGAUGUACAGAUAUGUACAGUGAUCGUGGUACAAAUUUUAUCGGAGCUUAUAAUCUUCUACUAUCCUACUGUAAACAGUCUUCUGAGACCUUGUCUAUUAAAUGGCAUUUUAACCCUCCCUCUGCUCCUCAUUUUGGUGGUUUGUGGGAGAGUGCUGUUAAAUCGGUAAAGACUCAUUUGUAUCGUGUUAUAGGCUGUCAAAUUUUAACAUUUGAAGAGCUGACAACGCUGUUAGCUCAAAUCGAGGCAUUGCUCAAUUCGAUGCCGUUGUGUAGUUGUCCAGAUCCAAAUGAUCUUGGCAGCUUAACUCCAGGACAUUUUUUGACUCUUGAGCCACAUACAGCUCCUCCUGAUGAAAAUUUACUCGAUGUGACUCAAAACCGCUUAAGUCGUUGGCAAUUAGUUCAGCAACUUCAGCAACAUUUUUGGAAAAGAUGGCAUGUAGAGUAUACACUUCAGCAGAGAGCUAAAUGGAACAGCGUACAGAAUUCGCCUAGAAUUGGCACAUUAGUAGUAGUAAAGGACGAAAAUCUACCCCCUCUGCGUUGGCUACUCGGUCGAAUUAUUAAAUUAUAUCCAGGUACAGAUCAGGUUGUACGUGUGGCGCAAAUUCAAACGACUAAGGUUUUUUUCGAUAGACCAUUAGUUAAACAGUGCCCUCUGCCCGAUCAAUAA